AUGCGCGCGCUCUACGCCAAAUACAGCCGUGACGCGCGCGCGACGGAUGGAAACACAGUCCGCAGCUUUAAAGCCAAGUGGGGGCUCCUGGGCGAUCGGUGGAUGUUUUUUGCUAACCUGACGUCCCUCUCGCGCUCGGAGUCGGUGCUGUCUGCGACGCUUCACUUCUUUGUGGGAAACACUUCACUGCGACGACGAAGGAUCCCCCUGAACGUCUGGAGCUACGGGUCUGCAGGACACCAGCUGGAGCUGGAGCUGGAGCUGGGGCUGGAGCUGGGGCUGGGGCUGGAGCUGGAGCUGGAGCUGGAGCUGGAGCUGGGGCUGGGGCUGGGGCUGGAGCUGGAGCUGGAGCUGGAGCUGGAGCUGGAGCUGGGGCUGGAGCUGGAGCUGGGGCUGGAGCUGGGGCUGGAGCUGGAGCUGGAGCUGGAGCUGGAGCUGGAGCUGGGGCUGGGGCUGGGGCUGGAGCUGGGGCUGGAGCUGGGGCUGGGGCUGGGGCUGGAGCUGGGGCUGGAGCUGGAGCUGGAGCUGGGGCUGGAGCUGGAGCUGGGGCUGGGGCUGGAGCUGGAGCUGGGGCUGGAGCUGGGGCUGGGGCUGGGGCUGGAGCUGGGGCUGGGGCUGGGGCUGGAGCUGGGGCUGGAGCUGGGGCUGGAGCUGGGGCUGGGGCUGGGGCUGGAGCUGGAGCUGGGGCUGGAGCUGGGGCUGGGGCUGGGGCUGGAGCUGGAGCUGGGGCUGGGGCUGGGGCUGGGGCUGGGGCUGGAGCUGGAGCUGGGGCUGGAGCUGGGGCUGGAGCUGGAGCUGGGGCUGGGGCUGGAGCUGGAGCUGGAGCUGGGGCUGGGGCUGGAGCUGGAGCUGGGGCUGGGGCUGGAGCUGGAGCUGGAGCUGGGGCUGGGGCUGGAGCUGGAGCUGGGGCUGGAGCUGGAGCUGGAGCUGGGGCUGGAGCUGGAGCUGGGGCUGGAGCUGGGGCUGGGGCUGGAGCUGGAGCUGGGGCUGGAGCUGGAGCUGGGGCUGGAGCUGGGGCUGGGGCUGGAGCUGGAGCUGGGGCUGGGGCUGGAGCUGGAGCUGGGGCUGGGGCUGGAGCUGGAGCUGGGGCUGGGGCUGGGGCUGGAGCUGGAGCUGGGGCUGGAGCUGGAGCUGGGGCUGGAGCUGGGGCUGGGGCUGGGGCUGGAGCUGGGGCUGGGGCUGGGGCUGGAGCUGGGGCUGGGGCUGGGGCUGGAGCUGGGGCUGGAGCUGGGGCUGGAGCUGGAGCUGGAGCUGGAGCUGGAGCUGGAGCUGGGGCUGGAGCUGGGGCUGGAGCUGGAGCUGGGGCUGGGGCUGGGGCUGGGGCUGGGGCUGGGGCUGGAGCUGGAGCUGGAGCAGGAGCUGGAGCUGGAGCUGGAGCUGGAGCUGGGGCUGGAGCUGGAGCUGGAGCUGGAGCUGGGGCUGGAGCUGGAGCUGGAGCUGGAGCUGGGGCUGGAGCUGGGGCUGGGGCUGGAGCUGGAGCUGGGGCUGGGGCUGGAGCUGGGGCUGGGGCUGGGGCUGGAGCUGGAGCUGGAGCUGGGGCUGGGGCUGGAGCUGGAGCUGGGGCUGGAGCUGGAGCUGGGGCUGGAGCUGGGGCUGGGGCUGGGGCUGGAGCUGGGGCUGGAGCUGGGGCUGGGGCUGGAGCUGGAGCUGGGGCUGGGGCUGGAGCUGGAGCUGGGGCUGGGGCUGGGGCUGGAGCUGGGGCUGGAGCUGGGGCUGGGGCUGGGGCUGGGGCUGGGGCUGGAGCUGGAGCUGGGGCUGGGGCUGGAGCUGGAGCUGGGGCUGGGGCUGGAGCUGGAGCUGGGGCUGGGGCUGGGGCUGGAGCUGGAGCUGGGGCUGGAGCUGGAGCUGGGGCUGGGGCUGGGGCUGGGGCUGGGGCUGGAGCUGGGGCUGGAGCUGGGGCUGGAGCUGGGGCUGGGGCUGGGGCUGGGGCUGGGGCUGGAGCUGGGGCUGGAGCUGGAGCUGGAGCUGGAGCUGGAGCUGGGGCUGGAGCUGGGGCUGGAGCUGGAGCUGGGGCUGGAGCUGGAGCUGGAGCUGGAGCUGGAGCUGGAGCUGGGGCUGGAGCUGGAGCUGGAGCUGGAGCUGGGGCUGGAGCUGGAGCUGGAGCUGGAGCUGGAGCUGGAGCUGGAGCUGGGGCUGGAGCUGGAGCUGGAGCUGGAGCUGGGGCUGGAGCUGGAGCUGGAGCUGGAGCUGGAGCUGGAGCUGGGGCUGGAGCUGGGGCUGGAGCUGGGGCUGGAGCUGGAGCUGGGGCUGGGGCUGGAGCUGGAGCUGGAGCUGGAGCUGGAGCUGGGGCUGGAGCUGGAGCUGGAGCUGGGGCUGGAGCUGGAGCUGGGGCUGGAGCUGGAGCUGGGGCUGGAGCUGGAGCUGGAGCUGGGGCUGGAGCUGGAGCUGGGGCUGGGGCUGGAGCUGGAGCUGGAGCUGGAGCUGGAGCUGGGGCUGGAGCUGGAGCUGGAGCUGGGGCUGGAGCUGGGGCUGGAGCUGGAGCUGGAGCUGGGGCUGGGGCUGGGGCUGGAGCUGGGGCUGGAGCUGGAGCUGGGGCUGGAGCUGGGGCUGGAGCUGGGGCUGGGGCUGGAGCUGGGGCUGGAGCUGGAGCUGGAGCUGGAGCUGGGGCUGGGGCUGGGGCUGGGGCUGGAGCUGGAGCUGGGGCUGGGGCUGGGGCUGGAGCUGGAGCUGGGGCUGGGGCUGGAGCUGGAGCUGGAGCUGGAGCUGGGGCUGGAGCUGGGGCUGGAGCUGGAGCUGGAGCUGGGGCUGGGGCUGGGGCUGGAGCUGGGGCUGGAGCUGGAGCUGGGGCUGGAGCUGGGGCUGGAGCUGGGGCUGGGGCUGGAGCUGGGGCUGGAGCUGGAGCUGGAGCUGGAGCUGGGGCUGGGGCUGGGGCUGGAGCUGGGGCUGGAGCUGGAGCUGGGGCUGGGGCUGGGGCUGGAGCUGGAGCUGGGGCUGGGGCUGGAGCUGGAGCUGGAGCUGGAGCUGGGGCUGGAGCUGGGGCUGGGGCUGGAGCUGGAGCUGGGGCUGGAGCUGGGGCUGGGGCUGGGGCUGGAGCUGGAGCUGGAGCUGGAGCUGGAGCUGGGGCUGGAGCUGGAGCUGGAGCUGGAGCUGGAGCUGGGGCUGGGGCUGGAGCUGGAGCUGGAGCUGGAGCUGGAGCUGGGGCUGGAGCUGGGGCUGGGGCUGGGGCUGGAGCUGGAGCUGGGGCUGGAGCUGGGGCUGGAGCUGGAGCUGGGGCUGGGGCUGGGGCUGGGGCUGGAGCUGGAGCUGGAGCUGGAGCUGGAGCUGGAGCUGGGGCUGGGGCUGGGGCUGGAGCUGGAGCUGGGGCUGGAGCUGGGGCUGGGGCUGGAGCUGGAGCUGGAGCUGGAGCUGGGGCUGGAGCUGGGGCUGGAGCUGGAGCUGGGGCUGGAGCUGGAGCUGGAGCAGGAGCUGGGGCUGGGGCUGGAGCUGGAGCUGGAGACCUGUUCUGUGUAG